AUGGCCGUACCAUUCUUAGUGAGUCUUUCCCUCUUGGACAUUAUGUUGGCAGCUCGUCGUCUCGCUAUCAACCCGUAUGGGGGUCAGUACCCGGAUGACGACAGCACAAAACAGGUCGUGCUCCAGGCAGACGGCUUGAAGGCAGCCAACCCCGACGACCGUCAUGUUCUCAUUCAUUGGACAAACGGGACAGAUGCCAGUGGAAAUCGCUACACCGAGGUUGUUCAUCUCACAGGCGGAGAAGGCAACUACGGCUUUUACACACCCCAAGUCAAGAGGCAUUCCGAUGAAUCCCUCAAGCUGGACACUUUUUAUGUACUCGGUCACUACACCCGGGCGCAGCGUAACCAGACUAUAACACUUGCCAAGGCUGUCCAGUUCAACAAGACCUCACGCAUCAAUAAUUGCCAGACUUGGAUGCGCGACUUAUUGGAGGCCAUGGUCAAAGGCGGUCUCCUUUCUGAGGCUGAAUUCAACAAGAUUGACAGCGGUGUUCCGCUCAAAAGGCGCAUUCUGGAGACUACUGCCUAGUGCCAUAAAGGGUUUCUCAAGUUAGUGUACUUCUCCCCUCCACUUGCACGUAACGCCCAGCACGAUCUCAUGUUCUCCGCAGCAGGAUGAAGGCGUCCGAAGAGGCAUGGUGGGAAACGUAGAAAACUUGUCCACCACCGAGAGCUCGUGACUUCCUCACAGGCUCGCUGUCUCCUCCAAAUCCCUCAGAUCCUUCUCCGAGUCAGAUUCCUCUUCAAGGGCAUUAGCCGCCACAGAGAGAUUUUGUGUAUCUGUAACAAAGGCAUCGAGUUAUGAUUGCAGUCGGCGUGAGAUAGCAGAAAGAGUGUCACUUUGAGUCCGAUUAUAAAGUAUUACAUAGCUGUUAGAACUUAGAAAAGCUAGAGAACCAUCAAAUGAGAGGAAGUUUUGGAUAUUAUAGAGAGAAUAUGAUAGAAUAGAUAUACCAAAUAUUACACCUUACGGAUGACAGCU